ACCGCCCUCUGUAAUUAACAUUACUAUACAUGUCCUCAGUGCAGGAGGCCGGCGGCCAUUUUCUUGUAGACCAGUCCUGCAUCAGCAAUAGUUUUCCCGGCCAUCUAGUGACGUCAAGAGCGGCGGCCAUUUUCCCCUGGUCUGGGCUCCGCCUUCCUUCUAUCUUUCCAGCAGGAGCAAAGAGCAGCCAUUGCUGUGUCUGGCAGCAGGUUCUCUGGUUUCCUCCCACACUAAUAAAACACACAGAUAUCUGAGCAUUAAGGAGUCAGAGGCUGGACACUAGGAUGGACAAGGACGGGAAUCACGUGACUGAGAGGAUAUUACAUCUUACUCUGGAGAUCAUCUACCUGCUGACUGGGGAGGAUUACACAGUAGUGAAGAAGACAUCCAGUGAGUGUGAGACACCCAGCAGUCACCCCCGUGUGUCAGGAGGACUGAGCAUGACCCAGAGCCUCAUCACAGUGCCUCCACCUCACUCAUUGAUACAUGAGAGGCACAAGGACCAGAAGAUCCUGGAUCUCACCAACAAGAUCAUUCAGCUGCUGACUGGAGAGGUUCCUAUAAGGUGUCAGGAUGUCACUGUCUAUGUCUCCAUGCAGGAGUGGGAGUAUAUAGAGGAACACAGUGGUCUGUACAAGGACAUGAUGAUGGAGACUCACCGGCCCCUCACAUCACUGGAUGGACCCAGUACCAGAAAUAUUGAGGGAGAAGGCGAGACGUAUGUGACUGAUAUGAAGGCAGAAGAUAUAGGGGGAGAAGAGACGUAUGUGAGGGGUGAUCAGCUGUGUAAGGAGGAGGAAAUCCCUACAGAUAUCAGCACAGAUGGAUGUAACAGAGGAAAUAUAUUGUCUGAACAACACAUUUUAUCUCUAGAUUGUGAAAUCGAAGAUAUCACACAAGAUUCUUUGGAAGAAAAUCUUGUGAGCCUAAUUCUACAUCCAGUACCUCACAGUGCAGAUAUAUCAUCUGUUACCGCUAGUCAUGAGGAAUGUUCUCCUGAUACUUCAGAUAGUGAUCCAAUUCUCAAAGCUCUUAGAGUAGAAACAACGUUUCCCUGUUCUGUAGAUGCCAAAUGUUUUACACAGAGCACAAAGCUUAUUACCCAUCAGCCACCUCAGACAGGUGAGAGGCCAUUCCCAUGUUCUGAGUGUGGGAAAUGUUUUACACUCAAAUCAUACCUUGUUACACAUCAGAGAAGUCACACAGGUGAGAAACCAUUUCCAUGUUCUGAGUGUGGGAAAUGUUUUACAGAUAAAUCAAAUUUUCUUAGACAUCAUAGAAGUCACACAGGUGAGAAACCAUUUUCAUGCUCUGAGUGUGGGACUAGGUUUACAUGUAAAUCAAGUCUUGUUGUGCAUGAGAGAUGUCACACAGGUAAAAGACCAUUUCCUUGCUCUGAGUGUGGGAAAUGUUUUACACAGAAACCACAUCUUAUUAUACAUCAGAGAACUCACACAGGUGAGAAGCCGUUUUCCUGCUCUGCGUGUGGGAAAUGUUUUGCACAAAAAUCAACUUUUAUUAAACAUGAGAAAAGACACAAAUAAGAGGACAUUUCCAUGUUCUGAAUGUGGGAAAUGUUUUACACAAACAUCAGCUCAGUAUUUUUAGGAUAUUCUAGCAUUAUCUGUCUGUGACAUAAAAAUCAUCAGCAGAGGCGACCUAAUUACUAAAUUGAAUGGAAAAGUUAUAAAGUGAUGUAAGAAAAAUAACAGUUGUUUCGUUUGUAUGAAAAACAAGUCCCAUAGAGGUGAUGUAAAUGAAUAUCCAUAAAUAUAUUUGAGAUAAGAUUUAACAAGCACAUCAAACUUCUAUAUUCAAUAAACAAAUUUCACCAUUAUGUUAGAUUUUUUAUUUUGUUUUUUUCCCCCAUAUUUUUAGAAAGAGAAAGGUUUAGAAAGAGUUUGCAAACAAUAUAGUACAGGACGUUUGUUACAUGUUACUGGAGCUGUGCAAGACAGAAUUCUACAUAGAUAUAGAAAGAAGAUAUGAAUGUAUAAAACAUUAAUAUUCAAAGUGUUAGUUUCAUUUUCGUAAAAUGUCAUUUAAACGAAAAGUUUCAAUAAAGCAGAGAUUAAAUAACA